UCAUGGUUCGAAGGAAGACAUAGCAUAACAGCACAUAAACCCAUUCUCUCCCAUUCUUACCUUUUUCUCAUUUUCCCAUGACUUAAAAUCGAGUGAAGAAAGAAAAAAAAAAAAAAAAAAAGGGGAAUCCUUUCUUUACCCUGUUAGGAAACCUUAACUUCAAUCCUAAUCUUGUGUGCAGCUAAUUAAACCGCUGGAUUUUGGUCAGGAAAAAAACCGAAUCCGAGGUUUAAAUUUGGCGAUAGAUGUUGUUACAGUGGCGGCCAUGGAGUUGGGCAAUUCCAUCGUCAAGACGCCGGAAGCUGAAUCGGAAACUCCGACCCGGAUCCAACCCGCCAAGCAGGCCCCUUUUACCAACGGCGUGUUGAAGCGCCACGCGCCGCUGCUGCACCACCGCAACCGCCACCCGGUCGUCGUCACCUACAAAGAAUGUCUCAAGAACCACGCGGCGACCAUCGGCGGCCACGCCGUCGACGGCUGCGGCGAAUUCAUGCCCUCCCCCAACUCCAAUCCGGCGGAGCCGACCACUCUCAAAUGCGCGGCGUGCGGAUGCCACCGGAAUUUCCACCGCCGGGAGCCCGACGACCCGCGACCGCUUCCUCUGUCGAAUUCGGCGCCGGCGCUCGAGUACCAACCCCACCACCGCCACCAGCCCCCGCCGCCGCGGGCGGGCAGCCCGAAUAAUUCCUCCUCCCCGCCGCCGAUUUCGUCGUCGUACGCGCCGCACAUGUUGCUGGCGCUCAGCCACGGGAUAUCGGCCCCGCCGCCGGACGGCAAUGCCCCGCCAAUUUCCCCGGCGUCUACGCCGGCGAUGACCUCGGGCAACCGGAAGCGCUUCCGCACGAAAUUCACCCAAAAUCAAAAGGAUAAAAUGCUGGAACUCGCCGAGAGGGUCAGCUGGAAAAUGCAGAAAAAAGACGAGAACGCCAUUAACGAAGGGUGCAACGAAAUCGGAGUGGAGAGAAGUGUAUUCAAAGUCUGGAUGCACAACAACAAGACGACCGCCGCCAAAAGGGAUCCUCCGCCGCCGCCAUCCGCCGCUAAUCGGAACGGCAUCAAUUGCCGGGAAAUGGGCUCCGGCGAUCAAAUCGGCGAUGGUCAAGAAAUCAGCCAUCGCGCAGUUGCUACAAAUGGGCCUUCCUCUACUUGAUUGCAGCAGGUGGAUUAAUUAAUUCAAUAACUAUUACUACUAUAUAUUACUGUUAAUUACAUAAAAUAGAGACGUAUUAAUUAAUAUGCGGGGAGGUUAUUACAUUACAUAAAUAUCGUUGGUUUCUAAUUGAUUGAUUACUUGUCUGAUCUUCCUACUUAGCUAGUGUGAUUUUCCCUUGGCCUAA